AUGGCUUCAUCCGAGAUCAAGCACGGUCAAGAACCGGAACUUCACCACUCGUACGUUCACGAUGAGAAGACAUUCGGUCGAAAUGACCCGGAAGUCGAUCAAUCAGCUGUGUAUGCUGAGAAGGCGGGUGUCGUCGACUACAAGGCCGACGCGAUCGAAGCCGAGAAUGCUGAACAUCGCAUGACGGUGUUGCAAGCAGUCAAGGCAUACCCUAUGGCGUCGUUCUGGGCGUUCGUUAUGUCAUGUACGAUUAUCAUGGAAUCGUACGAUGUCUUCUUGAUUGGCAACUUCGUUGCCCUACCUGCCUUCGAGCAGAAGUAUGGAGUCCACGACCUCGCAAAGGACGAAUAUGUUAUUGUAACGAAGUGGCAAUCAGCACUCCAGAUUUCUGGCCAACUCGGUGCUCUCAUCGGAGUCUUCCUGGCCGGACCGUUGACAAGUCGUAUCGGCUACCGCUGGGCAACAAUCACCGGACUGAUGUUCCUCAAUGCGUUCAUCUUCAUCUUCUUCUUUGCUAACUCAAUGCCUGUCAUCUUUGCGGCUCAAAUUCUCGAAGGAUUGCCGUGGGGCAUCUUCAUCGCCAAUGCACCGGCGUACUGUAGUGAGAUCGUCCCAAUCAAGCUCCGAGCUCCAGCAACUCAGAUGCUGCAAAUGUUCUGGGCUAUAGGAUCCAUCAUCGUUGGUGGUGUUACGUACCGCUACAACACUGUCGAUGGCCCGAGUGCCUACAAAGUUCCGAUCGCCUUGCAAUGGAUUUUCCCAACGCCCUUGGCUAUUCUCAUCUUCCUCGCCCCAGAGUCACCCUGGUGGUUAGUCCGCAAGGGCAGAAUGGAAGAAGCCGCAAAAUCUGUUGCUCGCCUUGGUCGUAAGACCGCACUGAACACAACGGAGACAGUGGCCAUGAUGCGUCGUGUUAUUGCCAUGGAGACAACCGAAGAGCAGCCAAGUUACGUGGAAUUGUUCAAGGGCACCGACCUCCGACGCACGCUCAUUGUUUGUGGUGUUUACGCUGCGCAGAACCUUACGGGCAAUUUGAUCGCCAACCAGGCAGUGUACUUCUUCAGACAGGCCGGUGUUGCGACCAAUACCGCAUUCGCUCUCGGACUCAUCACAUCCGCGCUUCAAUGGAUUUUCGUCAUGCUCUCCUGGAUUCUCACAUCGUACUUCGGACGCCGCUCGAUCUACCUGUGGGGCUCUGCCGCCAACACAAUCUUGCUGGUCGCACUUGGGGUAGCAGCUUCUGUGGGUGGAGGGGCUUCAGCAUCGCUUGCGCAAGCUGCCCUUGGACUGAUUGUCUCGGUGCUGUUCACGCUGGGCCCGGCGCCAGCAUCCUGGGUCAUCAUUGGCGAGACAUCCGCUAUUCGACUUCGACCACUCACUACUGGUAUUGGGCGUGCUACCUACUAUAUCGUCGAGAUUCCGUGUAUUUUCCUUGCAUCGUGGAUGCUCAACCCAACUGGCGGAGAUCUCGGCGGCAAAUGCGGCUACGUGUGGGCUGGUACAGGCCUAUUUUGUCUCAUCGUCGCGUACUUUGAGCUUCCCGAGAUGAGAGGACGGUCUUACCGAGAAAUCGACAUCUUGUUCCGACGCAAGGUCCCUGCUCGGAAGUGGAAGAAGUCGGACAUCGAUGUCAAUGAUGAUGAGUAG